AUGUCUCACUCAAUCUUCUUCUUGAUUUUCACAAUCUUGGCAACAGUAUAUUGCCAGUGGGGACAAGAGCAAGUAUACUGCGGUAGAAGACUGGCAACGACCCUGGCCUACCUUUGCGAUGAGAGUCCAGUCAAGAGGCACUACAAGGAAGCCUUUAAUUGGCCGAUCGUGACGUCACAAUGGUCCAACAGUCUUGGCAGGAGGAAGCGGCAAGUGGUAGCUGAAUGCUGCGAUAAACCUUGUGCGAUUGAUGAACUGAUGUCGUAUUGUUAAUGUCUCCGGUUAAAUGUAAUUAGAG